AAGUACACUAUUCUAAACACAAGUAAGACAAUAUUUGUAAUAAUCAUGAGAGUAAUCACUCACAUCAUUCACAAUUGAAAUAAACUUCAAUUUCUCUACUAUCAUCAUUGAAUGAAUAUUCCAUUGAACGAACCAUCGUAGCUUUCAAACUGUUAGUCAUGUAUUAUGUCAUACCUAUGUACAUAACAUUUACACAUACUCUUGUCAACGUUACCAUAUGAGAAUUGAACUUCAGUAUAUCCAUCUAUUAAUCUAGGACUAAAUGAGGAUUAUUACUUCAAUAUGAUGGAUGAGACUAAUUCUUUAGAGUUGAUUUACUGUCAGGAUGUGGAUUUCGGCUUUUCAUCAAGUACUCACAUCAGUUAACAUGUGAAGACGUUAUUGAGACAAGUGGAUGUCUGAAUUCCAAGCUAAAAUCCAAGACCCGUUAUCCUAAAUUUGAUUGAUUCGUCCACAGGUUAUUAUGUUGAUGUUUAUGUGAUUUCAGGAAAUAUGUUUAUUCUUCAUAGGUACUUCGCUUUUUCAUCGAACACUCUCUGUUAUCAUUCUCGUUUCUUCUAUUUAAUCUCCUUGAUUUUCUGCCGCUAUACACUUCACUUUCAAAUAAUGAUACAUACUACAUCGACAUCAGUAUCGUACACCACAGUCAUCCUCACCCCAUUAAAAUAAUUUAAUUAUAACCUCCUGCGUUCUCAUUCAUUACAGUAUAUUUAGUCAUGCAUCGAAUUUGUGAUGAAACUUUCAUAUGAUAAUUUAUUGUUUAUUCUAGGAAACAACUUUGGAAGUAAUGCUUGUCAUGAUUGAAAAUUUUGAAUGGAAUUCCAUUGAUGAAGUCAACAUGGUAGAUCAGAUGGAACAUCCUAAUCGUUUACUGGUUGUAUCGACAUACACUAAAUUAGUGCUUAUACUUGUUGCAAUACAAAUAUCGGUAACAUUGUUUGUUUUAAUGAUACUGUCAAUACUUAGGAUAAAAUUUCCAUAUGGCGAGCGAUUAAAAUCAUCAAUUAUUUCUGGUUUGUUCCUUUUGAUUGCACUUGUGGUAUUCUUUUUGAUUGCCUUCGUGAAGAAAAUAGAUGACAAUUAUCUACUAAAUCUCGCACUUGUAAUUGUUUACUCUAUCUGCAUGGCGACAGCAUUAGGAGUUUUGACUACACAGCUAAAUCCUCAAGUCAAACUUGCAGUCUUUGGAAUCAGUUUGGUGUUAUUCGCAUGUGCAUUACUGUUUGGUGCAGCGAUUAAAACAAAUUUAUUUGAUCACCCGAUGAGUAUUCUAAUAUUCCUUUUGGUUAUAUCCGUUGUAAUUGUGAUAGUAGCGGUUGUGCUUAGUGUUUUUAAUCAAUGCAAGUAUUAUACGAUCGGUGUUUACAUAGGUGCACAAAUACUAUUGUUCAUUAUAACGGUAUUUAUAAGUUAUGUAACUGUUGGCAAAUCAAGGAAUCUUCUCUUUUAUCCAAAUUAUUCACUGGCAGCCAUAUUAUUGUAUGUCAUGUUCUUUUCAAUUUUAUUAAUCAAUGCGAAUAUAAAAAUGACAUUAACAAGACUGAAAGUUGUAUAUUCCAAUUCCAGUUCCAAAUUAACAUGAACAUUACAUUAAUAUUGGAUAGAAAUCACAAAGUCUGUUUCUCGAUUGUUUGUUUGUUUGAAAUUUCUUUGCUAUUCCUUUGAAGUUGAACUCUGGACUGAUGGGAACCUUUAUGGUUUUGCUGUUAUUGUUAUUUAAGUAUCGAUUCAAUUAAAAAUGUGUUUGUGUGUGUGUAAACUGACUACAUGCCUGUAUUUUGUUCUAAAGUUACGUAUAAUAUGAUGAUUUUGAAAAUA